UGGCUGAUCUUUGGUCUUACAAAGGAUUGAUGAUUUACAUUCAAUUCGCCAUCUAAUUGUCCGUUAAGCUAUUUCGCUAUGCAAGAAUUUCAAUUUCAAUAAUGGUUUAAUAAAUUAUUAGUAAGUAGAAAUUGCGAAUUUUGACUUCGCUGGUUCUAGAGACGUCAGAAUGAGGAAUUUGCUCUUUUUUAGUGUGUUCGGCGAACCAAGCUUCAGCUCAACACUUUUCUUUUUAAUCGGAUGUCACGUGAUAUUUUUGACCGGCGAUCCAUUACAAAAUUGAGUUGUAGUUGUUAAUUAUUUAGUUGAAUUUUAAGAAUAAUAUGUUUUAAGAUGGCCUACGCUCAAGGAAGAGGUAACGGAAGCAAAAUAAAUGCUUCGAAGAACGAUAAUGACGAAAGGAAAAUAUUCGUUGGGGGUCUAAGCUGGGAGUCAUCCGUUGAUGAUUUGAAAACAUACUUUCAAAGAUUUGGAGAUGUCCUCGAUGCGAAUAUCAAAAUUGAUUUAAACACUGGCCUAUCAAGAGGUUUUGGCUUUGUUCUCUUUAAAGAUGCCUCAAGUGUACAAAAAGUUUGUGCUGACAAAAAUCACAUUUUGGGUGGGAAAAAUAUAGACCCCAAGCCCGCAGUUGCUGGUGGUGUGGGGCCAUCAUCCUAUGGCAAGGAUCCACCAUGCAAGAAAAUUUUUGUUGGUGGUCUCGACACUAAUUUGUCCCAGGAAGAAAUUGCAGAACAUUUUAGUCAAUAUGGAAAAGUUGAGUUAGUUGAGUUGCCUUAUGACAAGGUGAAAAACCAGAGAAGAGCAUUUGGUUUCAUAACUUUUGACAAUGAGGAUAUUGUUGAACAGAUGUGUCAAAAUGCUAAAGUCCCUUUUGGAGAUAAAAUGCUUGAUGUGAGGAAGGCAGUUUCCAGGGAACAACAAGAGGCCCAUGGGUACAGAGGGGGCCGUGGGGGAGGUCCCAUGCGGGGGGCAUUCAGAGGAAAGGCAGGUGGUUACUACAACAGCAUGGGUGGCUACGAGAUGAACGGGUUGUACGGAGGCCCGCCCUAUGGAGGCUAUGAUUAUUAUGGCUAUUAUGGGGGCGGUGGACAUUACGGGGCAGCCAGUCAUCCGUACGAUCAUUCAGCCAUCGGUAGUUAUGGAGACGGAGCAUAUGGGCCUUCAAGUUACCAGAGCACGCAGGCAGCAGCCGGUACAAAGGUGGCACGCCGGGGGACAUGGCAGUCCGAUACUAAUGCCACUACCUACCACCCAUACAAUCGAUAGGUUAGGCAGGUGAGGUUGCAAGGUUUCAAAUGUGAAAUAUGAAACUCAUGUGUAUAUGAUAGAAGAAGAAGAUGAUGAUGAUGAUGAUGUUGUUGUAAUAACGAUUGUGAUGAUGAUGAUGCUGUUUGUGAUGAAGGCAACAAUUUAUGAUGUACAUUGAAAUAAAAAAAAGACAAAUCCAUGGCAGAGAGGCCACGUUCAAAUGCAUCCUGUUCUGAUUAAACAAUAUUCUUAUUAUUAAUGAUGAUGAUGAUAGUGGUGGUGGUAAACGUGCAAUUGUGGUUGAUAGUAAUGGUGAAAUUGGUUUUUGGGACUGACAAUAUAGUGGUGAUGAGUUGUGUGUGUGAGAGAGAGAGGGAGAAAGAGAGAGAGAGAGGAUAGUUAUGGCUUGUACAAAUAUUGACGACAGCAACAGCAUUAAUAUAUAAUUAUAAUAAUAAUUGAUUGAUUGAUCGUAUUUUUCGUUCUUUUUUUAAUUUUAAAAAUAGAAUUAAGUUUUAUUUUCAGUGUGUUUGUCUUUUAUUUAUUUAUUUAUUUAUUUUGAGUCUUCUAUUAUUUUUUUAAGUCUUGAAAAUAUAAAAAUUAUCUGCUAUAUAAUAAUAAUUAAUAUACUAUUGCUAUUAUUAUUUAAGAAAACAUACUAUAUAUAU